GAUUUAAUAAUAAAAUAAAGGGGCAUUAAAUAAUGUCAACUUAAAAAGAAGUUGGUUACAACUUUAGAUUCCUUUUCCCGCACAUUCUCUCUCCAACUCCAAUUUUCCAUCACCCUCUUCCCUUACAUUUCUGUUCUGCAAAAUCAAAUCAAAUCCAACUAAUAAUAAUAAUAAUAAUACAUCCAAUUUAGUGGUUGUGUACGUGGUAGUCCCGUUGAAUGGCGUAUAGAAGGAGGCAAGGGAUCACAAAGUCGUCAACUAUCAAGGAGGAGAACGUUUUUCGUCCUCCUGAUGAUGAUGAUGAAGGAAGAGAUACAAUUUCUUCGUCAAGUCUGGCUGCUCAGGCGAUUAGAGCCUCUGCCGCUCAUCGUGACUCUUCUCUCUCCUCUGCUUAUGCCGAUUCCGCUUUUCCACAUCCUAAUUCUCAGGCUGCUCCUCCUUCCUAUGAAUAUACAUCAUUGUCAAGUUCCAAUGAAACAGGUGGUUUUUGGGGAGUUCUGGCAAAGAAAGCUAAAGCAAUUCUUGAAGAUGACAACAUUUCACCGCAAUUCGAAGCUCCGGGCAGCAGCUCCCUAAAAGAAACCCAGUUUUAUCAGCAAUAUCAGAACCCUAAUGUGUCCAGAAAAAUGGAUAAUCCGAAACUGCGGAAAGGCCUGGAUGCACUCACAUCUUCUUUGAACCACAUUGGUGACACCAUUGGAAAUGCAUUGGAGGAGGGGCGUACAAUUGUUGAGAACAAGACCGCUGACAUUAUUCAAGAGACGCGCAAACUGCAGAUCAGGAGAAAAGGUGCCAACUCUGAGGAACAAAAUCAUGUCUCUGGUCUACAUAGCGAAUGGCAGCAAUCCUCAAGACAAACCAAUCAUGAGGAUCAACUAAAGGCAUCUCGUGAUGUGGCGAUGGCAACUGCUGCCAAAGCCAAGCUUCUUCUACGAGAACUAAAAACUGUUAAAGCAGAUCUUGCUUUUGCAAAACUAAGGUGUUCUCAGCUUGAAGAAGAAAAUAAAAUCCUUCGGGAGUCUUGUGAAAAGGGAGACAAUCCUGAAGAUGAUGACAUGAUACGGCUUCAACUUGAGACACUAUUAGCAGAGAAGGCUCGUCUAGCGCAUGAGAAUUCAGUGUAUGCUCGUGAGAAUCGCUUCUUAAGAGAGAUAGUGGAGUACCACCAAUUAACAAUGCAAGAUGUUGUGUAUCUAGAUGAAGGCAUUGAUGAAGUAACAGAAGUGUACCCCGUACCUGCUGUCUCAAGGAUGCUUUCUACUUCCCCUCCAACACCUUCAUCCCCACGUACCCCCUCGGAGGUACCCCUCUCUCGCAGCCCCUCUGUGAAAGCUCUUGCUUCCAUUGCACCCCAAGUAACAGCAGAUGGUUCUCAGAAUGAAGCUCCAACAAGUUCCAAUUUUCCAACUUCCACGGGGGAAGAUAUAAGAAGUCAAUGAUAUGCUGCUGCUGAAUUGCGAGUACCGAAUUUCUUUCAAGUUUUAAUAUUAGAGUAGUAUACUAUAUCACAUUUUCCUUCUUCAGUUUUGUGGCAUAUGUGGGGAGAUUAAGUUGGGGAAUUGAGAAGAAUUGGUAAACAAAAAGUCCUUUUUUUUCUUUUUCUUUUUUGUUUCUUCUUGAUUGUUUAAUUCUUUUUUUAUUUAUUUUAAAUCUUGUAAGUACGGAUGUCUUGUUCCGUCGAAUAGAGAAGAGUUGGAAAAAGGUGUCCUAUUCAUUCUUCCA